GCUAAUUCAUUCUCCAAGAUGACCAAAUACCGCAGCACCCGCGGCGACGUCCGCAACUACUCGUUCGAAGAAGCCGUCCUCAGUGGCUUGGCGUCGGAUCGAGGUCUAUUCGUCCCUGAAGAAGACAGCUUCCCAUCCCUUCCCCCGAACGCCCUCACCGAGUGGGCGUCGCUGUCGUACCAGGACCUGGCCGUGGAGAUCCUGUCGCUGUUCAUCGAUGCGAAGGAGAUUCCCCGUCGCGACUUGGAGGUUCUGGUGAAAAAAGCAUACACGUUUGGCGACGCCAACUACCGCCACAAGGACGUAGCGCCUCUGGUGAAAGUGAAGGGCAACUUGCACGUGCUGGAACUGUUCCACGGCCCCACGUUCGCGUUCAAGGACAUUGCGCUGCAGUUCCUUGGCCACUUAUUCGAGUACUUUCUCGAACGCAAGAACAAGCACAGCGAUUCGGUGCACCAAGUGACGGUGGUGGGGGCGACGUCGGGCGACACCGGCAGCUCGGCCAUCUACGGCCUUCGCAACAAGAAGAACGUUGAAGUGUUCAUCUUGUACCCCAACGGCCGCGUGAGCGACAUUCAGGAGCAGCAGAUGACCAGCGUACUCGACGACAGCGUGCACAACUUGGCCGUGCAGGGCACAUUCGACGACUGCCAAGCCAUCGUGAAGGACCUGUUUGCCGACGCCGCGUUCAAGAAGAAGUACAAUCUGGGCGCCGUGAACUCGAUCAACUGGGCGCGCAUCUUGGCGCAGAUCGUCUAUUACUUUUACGCGUACUUCCGCCUACCUACCCACGACAAGGUGGCGUUUUCCGUCCCCACGGGCAACUUUGGCGACAUUCUCGCUGGCUUUUACGCCAAGAGACUGGGGCUUCCCUUGGACAAGCUCAUCGUCGCGACCAACGACAACGACAUCCUCCAUCGGUUCUUCUCCUCUGGCAAGUACCAUCGCACCCACGUCAACCACACGACGAGUCCGUCCAUGGACAUUUGCGUCUCGUCCAACUUUGAGCGGUACCUGUUUGCCCUCGGCGGCGAUGACGCGGUCGUGCUCAAGGACUGGAUGACCAAGUUCGAAUCGACGGGGAAGCUGACGGUGCAGGGCUCGCUACUCAAGAAAGCGCAGGCGGACAUGUCGUCCUAUUCCGUCCUGGAACCGGUACGUCCUUGGACGGGGAUUUGAAUGUGUUCUGAAGAUGGACACAGGAAGUGCAAGCCACGAUCAAGCAGUACCACGUCCACCAUGACUACCUGUUCGACCCCCACACGGCCAUCGGCGUCGCGGCGGCGGACCAUUACCUCGAGUCCGAGUCCCCAGAUGCGACGGUGGUGGUCUUGGCGACCGCCCACUACGGCAAGUUCCUGCCGACGGUGUUGGACGCGUUGAAGGAAGACGGCGGGGAAGUGAAGCAGCACCCCAUUCUCAAGGCGCUGGAAACCUUGCCUCGGCGCUCGCAUGUGAUCGAGAACAGCGUUGUCUCCGUCAAGGCGUUUGUGGAGUCCCACGUCCAAAGACGCGAUGCCAAGGAAGGGGGAGGCUUCCUGAGCGGCCUACCUCAGUCCCUUCUUCUGCAGGGAUCGCUCGUCGUGGCCGCGGCAGGACUGGUUGCGUUUUAUGCACUCAAGAAAUAACUGUACAGUAAAUGCAUGCAUUCAUGCCACGAUUAACGAUCCGGAUAUUACAAUACCAAUAAAACUCAAAUAACCUAUUUAAC